UGGUAUUUAGGAACAUAUUUUGCAAUAGUUAUGGACACAAAAGAUGAAAGCAGAAAAAAUCGUUUGGAAAUUAUUUCAAGACAUAUAGGAAAAAAUGGAAAUGGUUCUAAGGUAUAUACUGAACCGUGUUCGGCUGAAAACACAAAUAUCGUGAGACCGGGUACUCGUAGCAUUCCAAGAAGAAGAGAAGAGUUAUUAAAGUGGGGAGGAUGGGGUUAUAAUGACUCGAUGUUUAAACUCAAUGAAAAAGGCAGUAUAUGCUUCACUGGCUCAAGGUACAAACUCAGUGGGCUCGUUAUGCCUGAACUGCGUCCCUGGAUGGAAUCAACGAUAGGUAUUCAUGUUAAACAAAGAUCUGAAGCUGUCGCGGAAAUCGAUUUAUCAAAAAUGCCGAAACCGAUUUUGAACGAAGGGUUUAUGAAGGAUGUUCACCAAACUGGGAUGGAGGUGUCGUCUGAUUCAAUGGAUAGACUUGUUCGUUCGCAUGGCCACACACUUGAGGAGUUGUUCUUACUAAGAAAGGGAGAGUUUAACGCACGAGUACCUGAUCUUAUUGUAUUCCCUCGUAAUCAUGACGAUGUUGUAAAACUUGUAUCUGCUGCUGUACGCCAUAAUGUUUGCUUGAUCCCUAUUGGUGGAGGAACCACUGUCACCCUUGCACUUGCUUGUCCUGAGAAUGAAUCUCGUUGCAUAGCAACCGUGGAUAUGACGCAGAUGAACCAAAUAUUGUGGGUGGAUGAAAAAAAUCUAUUGGCUAGAAUUGAAGCGGGAAUUAUUGGACAAGAUUUGGAGCGUGACUUGGCAGCCAUGGGUUUAUGUACGGGACACGAACCCGACUCCAUGGAGUUCAGUUCACUUGGUGGUUGGGUGGCUACAAGAGCUUCUGGCAUGAAGAAGAAUGUAUAUGGUAACAUAGAAGAUCUCCUUGUUCAUGUGAAGAUGGUUACACCACGUGGGGUGCUUGAGAAGAACUGCAUGGUACCUAGAAUGUCAGCUGGACCUGACCUGCACCAGUUUAUUCUCGGAUCAGAAGGUACUCUUGGAAUAAUUACUGAAGUUACUUUGCGUGUACGCCCGUUACCUGAAUGCCAAAGAUACGGUUCAAUUGUGUUUCCUGAUUUCAAACACGGUGUAGACUGUUUAAGAGAAAUUGCGUUAAAGCGUUGUGCGCCCGCCUCUAUAAGACUGAUGGACAAUGAACAGUUUAGAUUUGGACAAGCUCUUAAACCACAGGCUGAUGGAAUUUUCUCUUCAUUUAUUGAUGGAAUGAAAAAGUUUUAUGUCACGAAAAUUAAAGGUUAUGAUCCUUCCCAUAUGUGUGUGGCCACCUUGUUGUUUGAAGGGGAUGCUGUCAGUGUUGCGCAACAAGAAAAAGUUGUGUAUGAGAUUGCUGCUAAACAUGGGGGAAUGUCGGCUGGGGAAGAAAAUGGUCAACGCGGGUAUAUGUUGACUUUUGUGAUCGCUUAUCUCAGAGACUGUGGUUUAGAUUACGAAGUGGUAAGCGAAUCGUUCGAAACAUCUGUACCAUGGGAUAGGGUUGCGGAUCUAUGUCGCAAUGUAAAGGAUAGAAUCCAACAUGAGUGCAAAAAUCAAGGGGUUCGAUACCCUACACUGAGCACAUGCAGAGUCACACAGACAUAUGAUGCGGGCGCAUGCGUUUAUUUUUACCUAGGAUUCAAGUACCGUGGCAUUGCCGAUCCCGUUAACGCGUACCUAGCUGUUGAAAACGCAGCUCGGGACGAAAUUCUCUCCAACGGGGGCAGUAUUUCCCACCACCAUGGGGUAGGGAAGUUACGUAAGCAAUAUAUGUCUCGUACAGUUACCCCAGCUGGCAUAGGGACUGUAAAGUCCGUUAAGGAGUAUCUGGACCCUAGAAAUAUAUUCGGUUCUGGAAAUAUUGUCGAUUAAAUCGAAAAUGGAAAAGAUUGUCGAAUUGAUCCAAAAAUGAAAUGCAAUUACUUUGUACCCAGUUCUAUUCGUAAUUUUGUGCGUUAUUUGUGAGUGUGUGUCAUUUUGCCAACUGGCGUAUGAACCCGUUAGUAACCAUGCUAGCUUAAUCAUGUAUAAGUUCCGGGUAACGCUAUGCAGUAAUGUGUUGAACACUUUAUCAAUGAAAUUGCACCCAUAACUAAUUAUUAAUAUACUCAAAUAAAUUGUGGUAUGUGUAACUUA